CAAAUCCAGAGAGAGAGAGAGAGAGUCCGUACCACUCGGAACGAAUCAGCGGUGAAUAGAGGCAAGUGGCAACACAGACAUUAUCGGAUUCCGUGUGUAUUAAAUAUUUAUUAUAUAUAUUCAACCAUGAGCAUCACCAUUAUUUAUAGCACUCCUUCUAGUACCGCAGCUUUAAACUCCUCGUUUGUCUCUCUCCCAACUACUCUCACUUCCAUUUCUUAUAAGCUCCUUUCUUCUUCACGACCACAUCGUUCUUUUCGUCUUCGAACUACACUUCCACCUCCAAUUCUCUGCGCCUCUUCUUCUCUCUCUGUUUCAGACAUGGAUGCCACCGGAGGUCAAAGCCUCUACCCAUUGCACCGUACUAAAACUCUUCACCUGGUAAGGCAUGCCCAAGGGAUUCACAAUGUGGAAGGAGAAAAGGACCAUGAUGCAUACUUAUCUUAUGAUCUCUUUGACGCAAACAUUACCCCACUUGGUUGGAAACAGGUUGAUAAUUUGCGCAAGCAUGUUCAUGCGUGUGGACUUUCCAAAAGAAUUGAUUUAGUUGUCGUUUCCCCUUUGUUAAGGACCAUGCAAACAGCAGUUGGUGUCUUUGGUGGUGAAGCCUACACAGAUGGCAUAAAUGUACCUCCUCUAAUGGCGGCAAAUACAGGGAAAAGCGGCCGUCCUGCAAUUUCAAGUCUAAAUAGCCCACCAUUUGUUGCAGUAGAGCUUUGCCGAGAACAUUUGGGACUUCAUCCAUGUGAUAAGAGACGAAGCAUUACUGAAUAUCGCCCUCUCUUUCCUGCAGUUGAUUUUUCUCUGGCAAAAAAUGAUGAUGACAUCUUGUGGAUGCCUGACAUUAGAGAGCGGGAUGAAGAAGUUGCUGCUAGGGGACAGAAGUUUUUGAAAUGGUUGUGGACACGUAAAGAGAAGGAGAUUGCAAUUGUCAGCCACAGUGGAUUCUUGUUUCAUACCCUUAGUGCUUUUGGAAAUGAUUGUCAUCCAUCUGUGAAGAGUGAAAUAUGCACGCACUUUGCCAACUGUGAGCUUCGUUCGGUGGUGAUCAUUGAUAGGAGUAUGAUCGGGUCAGAUUCCUCAACAACUAACUAUCCUGGAAAAAUACCCAGUGGACUUGAUCUUCCCAGUGAUUAGCAUCAGAGAAGCAUCCAGAGGCAAAGGGUGCCUAACUAACUAUAGACCAUGACAAUGAUCAAACUGGAAUAGACUAGAUACACAUACUAUGAGUCUUCAGAAGUGUUCACUGAGGUACUUCUCAAGUGAAUAUCUUCCCACAGAAGUCGAGAUAUCCAUUUUUUGUGAGUUUGGUAGCUCUGUUUGGCAAUUUCAAGAUUCCAUUUUAAUUUGAAUUGUUAGAUUUAAAGCCUUUAACAAAGUCAUAGGUGUCAAUUCUUUUUCGGAUGAAUAUGUGGAUACAUUUGUUUAAUUCAACUAAGUUUUGCUAUCUAUGAUGGUCGUUGAAGAUAGAAGUUUGGGUGAAGGUGAAUUAUAUUUACUUUCCCCUCCAAACUAUUCGGAUAUGUAAUAUCUCCCCGAAAUUUUAAAUUGUGCAAUAAUAUUCCAAGAUACACUCGA